AUGUUAUUCCGGCAGAUGUUGACAACUUCCGGCAACGUUGAUUGGGAUAAUCCUCUCGAUGAUUCAUUUCACUCAAAAUGGUCAGCUUGGGUCAGCUCUACCCGCCAUCUCCAGGACCUCAGUAUCCCAAGGAUGUGCUGCAAGUUUUCUGUUAUCGAAGCAUUGCGCAAGGAAGUGCACAUCUUUACCGACGCUUCUAAGGAUGCGAUAGCAGCUGUAGCAUUUUUGAAGGUGUGGAAGGAUGGUAAUAACAGUGACGUUGGUUUCCUUAUGGGAAAGGCAAAAGUAGCCCCAGCACAUGCGCACACCAUUCCUCGUCUGGAAUUGUGUGGGGCCGUACUUGGGACAGAAAUUGCAGAGAUCAUUAAAGAACACAUGGAUCUAGAGAAGAAUGAUUUCUGGUUCUACAGUGAUGCAAGACGUUUUUAUGUGUAUGUCGCAAAUAGGGUUAGUAGGAUUCGAUCUUUUAGUGAUCCUGAACAAUGGCGACACAUAGCUACAGACCAAAACCCAGCCGACUUGGGCACUCGAGCGUUCGAUGCCCAAAGUCUCCCACAAAGUACGUGGCUGCGAGGACCAGCAUUCCUAAGGGAAGACAACCUCUCCACUACUUUAGUGGGAGAGCACCAGAACUUUGCUUUCAUCUUGGACGAUGACAAGGAAGCGAGACCAAUGGUUGAAGUCAACAAGACGAGUGUCGAGGGUGACUCUUGUGACUUGGUGGUAUCUCGCCUUGAAAGGUUUUCACAGUGGACAAAACUGGUUCGCAGUAUUGCCAUAUUUAGACAUAUCUUGGUGACAAAGAAUCUAUGUGAGCAUUCGACCAAACGAUGGCAUUACUGUCCCAAAUCUUUGGAUUUAAACUCUCUUAAAGCAGCCGAGAUGUUUAUCCUGAAAGAGAUACAAAAGUCUGAGUUCAGAGUAGAGAUAGAAAGUCUCAACAAGGGAAAGCCCAUUCCUAAGAAUAGCAGCAUUAUUGAUUUGGCACCAUUCUUAGAUUCGAACGGUUUAUUGCGUGUUGUAGGUAGGAUUGGCAUAGCUCAGAAGUUUGUCAGCUUUGAUGUGCAUCCUAUAAUCAUACCAAAGAAAUCCCAUGUAGCAACUCUGUUGAUAAGACACUUCCAUGACAGUGUGUUCCAUCAAGGACGUCGGAUAACAGAAGGCAAGAUACGGUCAUCAGGAUUCUGGAUAAUAGGAGCCAAGCGUCUCAUAGCAUCAGAGAUCCAUGGGUGUAUUACAUGUCGCAGGUUACGAGGUGUCACAUUUACUCUAUAUAUGUUUUUAUCUACAUUUGCAUAA